ACAGUCUUGGCCUCGGCAAGUAAACAAGCGCACGUUGGCCGCGGUGUGCACCUGGGCGGAGGCCGGGCAGGGACCAAUAUUAAAGAAUAUACAUUGAAAGGAAGGCCAGGGGGCGAGACUUAGGGAGCGAUACGAAGCGUCAGAGGCGUAAAGAAGAAGGAGACGCGAGGGUCCACUCUUCACCAUGGAAGCGAGGAGGCUCAAGGUGGAGGAGUUUCAGCUGGUGGAGAUCGACUCCACUGGCCUCAAGAACACCAAACUCGUGCUGUUAUUCACGGAGACAAGAUAUGGCAGCGUCGCUCUUCCUCCCCAGGUCCCCUGGGUGCGCUGACUGUCAAGUGUCUCUAAAUAGUUUCCAGGAGAUGGAUGGCAAGAGUUCAGAAGCUACAAGUGACUCAUCAACUGGCAGCGUGGAGGUCAUAAGCAUGGAUCCCAGUGAGAUGGAGAUUGACUUCAUUGGUUAUGACAUUUCUCUUGUCAAUGCAUACAGGAGAAUAAUCCUAGCAGAGGUAGCAACAAUGGCAAUAGAAAAGGUGUACAUGUACAACAACACCAGCAUUGUUCAAGAUGAAGUUCUAGCUCACAGACUUGGCUUAGUUCCGCUAAAAGUUGACCCACGCUUCUUUGAGUUCAGGAACAAAGAUGACACAGAGUGGGCAGCACAGGAUUCUGUCAAAUAUGAACUUAAAGUACGCUGUUCUAAGAACCCAGAGGCAGCACCCAAUGAGACCAACCCAGAUGUCUUAUUCAUCAACAGAAAAGUUCUUUCAUCAAGUUUGAAAUGGGUUCCAAUAGGAAAUCAGACAGACAUCUUCCAGGAAACCAACAUGCAGCCACUCCACGAUGAUAUCCUCCUUGCCAAGAUGAACAGUGGACAUGAAAUAAACUUAGAGGCCUAUGCUGUAAAAGGUAUUGGUUGUGACCAUGCCAAAUUCCAACCUGGUUUGUGCUGGUAUCGCAUGCUGCCAGAGAUUGAGUUGACUCGAGAAGUGGAGGGGAAGCAGGCAGAUCUCCUGCAGACAUGUUUUUCUCCUGGAGUGAUUGAUGUCAUCACAACAUCUGAGGGGAAGCGAGUAGCAAAAGUGAAGGAUGCCAGAAACGACUCCUGCUCACGGAAUAUUUUUCAGCAUGACAACAUAAAGGAUGCAGUUAAACUUACAAGGAAAGUGGAUCACAUUAUUUUUUACAUCGAAUCACACAGUGCACUGAAGAGCUAUGAGAUGCUGGAGGAAGCAGUGAAGAUAAUGAGUGGGAAGUGUGAUACACUGUUGAGUGAAAUUGAAAAACACUUGGAGACAAAUAUGGAGACUUAGACAUAGCCAGUGAUGUGCAUGGGUUGGAAGUGCUCAGUGGCAGCACACCUGAUACCUCAUCACCCUUUUUUUUUUUACUGUUUAUGUAUUAAAUAAAAAAGAAAAAAUAAUGCCUUUGUGAUUCAAC